UCGCGCCUCCACGCGAUGAUGAGGGCGGUACGUUUGCGUGACGCAUGGUUGCCGCAGAAACGCUCCGCUCCCCCUGCGCGGUGCGGUUCGCAGUGGAGCGGCCGGGAGGCGCCUGUCACCUUCAGCGCGAGCCGGAGCGGGCGGAGACGCUGCGGCGGCGGGGCCGCCAUGGUGCUAAUCAAGGAGUAUCGUGUCAUUCUGCCUGUGUCUGUGGAGGAGUAUCAAGUGGGACAGCUGUAUUCUGUGGCAGAAGCCAGUAAAAAUGAAACUGGUGGAGGUGAAGGAGUGGAGGUUCUGAUGAAUGAACCCUACGAGAGAGAUGGAGAACGUGGUCAGUACACACACAAGAUCUACCAUUUACAGAGCAAAGUGCCGUCAUUUGUGAGAAUGCUGGCCCCAGAGGGAGCCCUGAACAUACACGAGAAAGCCUGGAAUGCAUACCCCUACUGCAGGACUGUUAUUACAAAUGAGUACAUGAAAGAUGACUUUCUGAUCAAAAUUGAAACCUGGCACAAACCGGACCUUGGAAUGCAGGAGAAUGUUCAUAAACUAGAGCCAGAUGUAUGGAAGAAUGUAGAAGCAGUUUAUAUAGACAUUGCAGAUCGGAACCAAGUGCUCUCUAAGGAUUACAAGCAGGAAGAAGACCCAGCAAAAUUUAAAUCUGUCAAGACUGGACGUGGCCCUCUGGGCCCCAACUGGAAGAAAGAGCUGGGGAAACAGACAGAUUGUCCGUACAUGUGUGCUUACAAACUGGUAACAGUCAAGUUCAAGUGGUGGGGUCUGCAAAAUAAAGUUGAGAACUUUAUACAGAAGCAAGAGAAACGUCUUUUCACAAAUUUCCACCGGCAGUUGUUUUGCUGGCUUGAUAAGUGGGUUGAUCUGACUAUGGAGGACAUUCGCAGGAUGGAGGAGGAGACCAAGAAACAGCUGGAUGAGAUGAGAGAAAAAGAUCCUGUGAAAGGAAUGACAGCUGCAGAUGACUAACGUGGCUUCCUCCUUGUGCACUUUUGCAAGACAGUCAGCAGGAAGGCCCAGAGACUCCACCCUCUUGACCAAUGGACCAUCUCUGGAUCAAGCCUUUCUAUAUCCAAUCGGCAGGCGAUUUUAAAUCUCCCAUAGCUAAUUCUAGAUGCCCUUUAAUAUUGUGAGCAAAUAGACAGUCUGGUACUAAGCACUCCAGUGUUAGCACGUAUGUGAAGGAGGCAGCUCCUUGGAGACGUGUGACUUAUAGAUUGCUGUAUUUAUGACUCCUCCCUCCUUUUUUCAUUGUGUUCAGACCAAUUUCCAUGUGUCCCUGUUUGAUUUCCAAGUGGCAUUUUUAGCUGAAUUAGUCUUGUGAUGUG